UUUUGUCAAAACUCAAAACAGUACUUGUCGUUGUGCUCUCGAUUUAGUUUCAAGAAUUUUAAUUAAAUUGUUAUUGAAGGACAUUUACGGUGUUUUAUAAUAGUUGCUGUUUAAUCAGCCUUAUGUCAAUAUGAGUGGGGUACCUGACAACGCGCCAGAACACUGUCCUGGGACACAAAGUGACGAUGCUGGGAAGGCGUCAGCAUGUGCUGGAUGCCCUAACCAGAACAUAUGCGCAUCAGGUGCUGCCUCUGGACCUGACCCAGCAAUACAGAUAAUUAAGGAACGACUCUCAAAUGUGAAGCAUAAAAUAUUGAUCCUCUCUGGCAAGGGUGGAGUUGGCAAAAGUACUGUUACAUCUCUACUUGGACAUGCUUUAGCCUCCAGAAACCCUGAGGCUAAUGUGGGUAUAUUGGAUGCGGACAUCUGCGGCCCCAGCCAGCCUCGCGUGCUGGGUGUGCGCGGCGAACAAGUUCACAACUCCGGAUCAGGAUGGUCCCCUGUUUACGUCACAGACAAUUUGUCCCUGAUGUCGAUCGGUUUUCUAUUGGGAAGCCCAGAUGAUGCAGUCAUAUGGAGAGGACCUAAGAAAAAUGGUAUGAUUAAGCAAUUUCUAAGUGAAGUGGACUGGGGGGACCUGGACUAUCUGCUAAUAGACACACCUCCAGGCACAUCAGACGAGCACCUCUCAGCAGUUCAGUACCUGACAUCAGCCGGGCUGGACGGCGCGCUGGUGGUGACGACGCCGCAGGAGGUGGCCCUGCUAGAUGUCAGAAAGGAACUCCAAUUCUGCACCAAACUCGGAGUUCCUGUGUUAGGGGUGCUUGAAAAUAUGUCGCUGUUUGUGUGCCCUAACUGCAAGACCCGUAGUGAGAUAUUCCCGGCCACCACGGGUGGAGCUGCUCAAAUGUGCUCAGAGCUAAGCGUGCCGCUACUGGGUAGUUUGCCCCUAGACCCCAUACUAGCGAGGUGCUGCGAUGACGGACGAGACUUUCUACAGGAGCUACCCAAUUCCCCUGCCGUUGCAGCUCUACGCAGCAUUGUAGAUAAAAUCGUUGCCACUUGUGAAAAUACCUCCAGUUGAGCCUCUAUUACAAAAUCGUGAAGCCUUAUUAAAUAAACAUAUUAUUAUUAUGCCGUUAUUUAUAAAUGACCUAGUCAAUUCAUAUUUUACGAGGUCAGUGUUAAAAUAAUAUUGUAAGUGUAAAUGUCUGUACUUACUAUUUGUAGGUGGUGCGGUGGACACAAGUUAUUUUUAAAAAAUAUAUUAGUUACAUAAAA